AUUUUGCUCAACUUUGUGUUUAGAUCCACGUUACUUCUAAAGUAUAUAGCUUACGCUGGGUAUGCGGAUACUUUAAUAACAGAUGGCACAGAUACCAGAUAACAACAAAAGCCACGCGCGAGAGCAGAAUGUCUGAAGAACUCAAAGAAUUCCUGCAUCAAAGAGGCAUUGCAUCAACUGUUAUUCAAAGAUUUGUUGACGAUAAGAUUGACUGCAGUGUAAUUCUUCUUAUGGAUGAACAUACAUUACAGACAUAUUUACCUGCAUAUGGGGAUAGAGUUGCUGUUCAUGCAUUUUGUAGCAGUAAACAGUCUAGUGCCGCAGCUGCUGAAGCCUCAUAUGCGUUAACGGAAUUGCGCUCAAAAUGGAAGAGCAAUCGUCAAAAAGUAAACAGACCAGGCUUUAAACCUGGCAGUUUCAAACCAGGAAAUUUAUCUGCAGAAAGAAAUACAACAAGGGUCGAACUUGGCUAGAUGAAUUUUAAUGAAAAGUCAAAACUUUAAACAAGUUCGAAAAACAGGUGGAGAAGGCGUUCGCCACUUGACUAUUGAUAAAAACACUUGUAGUACAAACACUAUUGGGGCAUGCUUAAGAUACCCUUUUUCCUUCCGGCAAUUCGAAACUUGGAAGAAUUUGAAUUUGAAAUGAAAAACUUCCAGGGCACGCCGAUAGAUAUAGAUAUGAAAUUCAAUGAUCUGUACAUCGCAUCAAAAUUAAAGAUCCUCAGGGUGUAUAUGUAUACCAAGAAGAUGACAGAAAAGGUAUUGAUAGAGACCACCAAUACUACAUGGUCAACACCAGAAUCGUUCAACCUUGCUUCACCUGAUCCUGGGCGAUGAUUCCACAGAGCCGUCUGUUGCUGAUAUUUUACAAGAGUUUCGGAACCGAUACAUCAAAGAUGACCACACAAACUAUGUGAUCUCCCGUUCCAAGCCGUUAGAUAGUGCCAUACGACUAUUAGAAAAGACGACGGUCAAGCUUCAGAAUAAAUUGUUUGCCAAGUUUUCCGGGGAGAUUGGUGAGGACCAUGGUGGACCAAGAAGGGAAUUUUUCCGAUUGGCAAUAGCAGAGCUUGGAGGUUCGAACUUUUUUGAAGGACCAGAUGGAGCAAAGGUUUUAAGACAUGAUCUUCAACUUGUGAAAAGGGGCAAUACAGGAUUGUGAGAAGGCUGUUGGCUAUGUCACUCGCUCAGGACGGACCAGUUGGAGAAAAUCACAGACGUUCAGAAAAGGGAUCAGUUCUUGGCAAAGUUCGGGACUGGCUGGCUGACAGGGGGAUCAACCCUUAUAGAAUGGCCGUGGCGUACAAGGGGUCCAUGAAGGAGAUGGUUAUAAAGUACCACGUCUUUUAUAGAUGAUCAUCCGAGAUUGCCCAAUUUAAGGAUGGCAUGGAUGAUGUAUGCGGCAUGUGGAGGAUGGUAACACAACAUGCCAGUGUAUUCCAACCGCUGUUUUGAAAUCUUCCUAAACCUCUAAUGAAACAGGAGAUGGACAGAAUCAUUCGGUAUGAUUUCAGUGAACUCGGAUCUAAUGCCAGGACGUCUGAAGAUGAGACUGUCUACGCAUGGGAGCUCUUUUUGCAGGACAUUGAAGAUGGAAUUGUUACCACAACCAUGGCAGAAUUGCUGUCGUUCAUUUCCGGAGCGGCCAGCAUUCCCCCUGUGGCUUUCAAAAGCCGAUUGAGAUACAUUUCUAUAUGCAAGAAGACGGAGUGGCCCGUCUUCCAUAUGCAUCAACAUGUUCUCUGGACUUGUGGCUGCCUAGAGGACAGACACCCGAGAGCUUAUCUACCCUUCUAUUGAAGAGUGUUAAUGAGUCGAUGGGAUUUUUAAAAAAUAUGAAAAUUGCUAUAAAAAAAAGGUUAAACUACAAAAAACAUACUCUGAUUCUUUUUAUGCCCCCUGAACCUAUGUUCUGGGGGCAUAUUAAAAUCGCACCGUUUGUAAGUCCGUCCGGAUUAGUUUCCACUCAAUAAAUGAAGUAGUUUUCAUCUGAUCUUCACCAAACUUGGUCAGAAGUUGUAUCUAGAUGAUGUCUAGGCCAAAACUAUGUCACUGUGUAACGUAGUGGGUUUUAAACAUUCAGCAUGGUUUCCACUCAAUAAGACAAGUAAUUUUCAUCCGAUCUUCAACAAACUUGGUCAGAAGUUAUAUAUAGUUGAUUUCUAGGACAAGUUCGAAGAUGGGUCAUGCCGGGUCAAAAACUAGGUCAAGGGGUCACGUAGUGCGUUUUAAACAUUCAGCAUGGUUUCCGCUUAACAAGUCAAGUAGUUUUCAUCCGAUCUUCACCAAACUUGGUUAGAAGUUGUAUCUAGAAGAUGUCUAGGCGAAGUUUAAAGAUGGGUCAUGCCGGGUCAAAAACGAGGUCACGGUGUCACUUCGUGCGU